UUCUGUGGCGACCUAAAGCCUCGUCAUUCAGCCUGCGCCGCAGAUCAGGUUCCGCACGUGUGGACCAACCGGAGCUAAAGCGCAUCAGUUAUAAAGUUAAUAAGAAACUGUGUGGCCAACGUUAAGAAAUGAGUGGGGACGUGGAACGCAUGCUGAUCCAGUUUCAGAAUGAAGGAGGUGAAGCUCUUGGAUCCCCCUUUGACGUACCAUUGGACAUAACUCCAGAUAAACUGCAGCUGGUCUGCAAUGCACUGCUACAGAAGGAGGAGCCAGUGCCUCUGCUGUUCUUUGUGCGUGAUGCGGAGGUGGUGUCAUCCCUGGGUGCCUCAGUGCAGACUCUGGGUCUGGAAACAGAGCAGGUGCUGCCAGUGGUGUACCAGCCGCAGGCUGUGUUCCGCGUGAGGGCGGUGGCCCGUUGCACCAGCUCUCUUCAAGGACACACUGAAGCAGUUAUCUCUGUAGCCUUCAGUCCCACUGGCAAAUAUCUGGCCAGUGGAUCUGGAGAUACUACUGUGAGAUUCUGGGACUUAACCACAGAGACUCCUCAUCACACUGCUAGAGGACACACACACUGGGUUCUGUCCAUAGCCUGGUCUCCAGAUGGCAAGAAGUUAGCAUCAGGAUGCAAGAACAGUCAAAUUCUCCUCUGGGACCCAGUCACAGGACAGCAGAUAGGAAAGGCUCUGACUGGACACACUAAAUGGAUCACUUGGCUUUGUUGGGAGCCUCUGCACUUGAACCCCGAGUGCAGAUACUUGGCCAGCUCCUCUAAAGAUUGCUCGGUUCGGAUAUGGGACACAGUCCUGGGCCGCUGCAAUAAGAUACUGACGGGCCACACACAGUCAGUCACCUGCGUGAAAUGGGGUGGAGACGGCCUCCUAUACACUUCUUCUCAAGAUAGGACCAUAAAAGUGUGGAGGGCAAAAGAUGGGGUUCAGUGUCGGACCUUGCAAGGUCACGCUCACUGGGUGAACACGCUGGCCCUGAGUACUGAUUACGUCCUUCGCACCGGAGCCUUUGAGCCAGCCACUGCUACAGUCAACCUUCAGGAUCUUACAGGAUCAUUGGACGAGAUCAAGGAGAGAGCUCUUAAGCGAUACAACAAAGUCAGGGGUGAAGGUCCUGAGCGGCUUGUCUCUGGUUCUGAUGAUUUCACGCUGUUUCUGUGGAAUCCGGCAGAAGAAAAGAAGCCUGUGGCCCGCUUGACUGGACACCAGGCACUAGUAAACGAGGUGUUGUUCUCCCCUGACACACGCCUACUCGCCAGCGCUUCUUUUGACAAGUCCAUCAAAAUAUGGGAUGGCAAGACUGGCAAGUAUCUGACUUCACUUCGGGGUCAUGUGGCAGCCGUGUACCAAGUGGCCUGGUCAGCAGACAGCCGACUGCUAGUGAGUGGAAGCAGCGACAGCACCCUAAAGGUGUGGGAUGUGAAGACGGGCAAACUGAACGUGGAUCUGCCUGGACACGCUGAUGAGGUUUUUGCAGUAGACUGGAGUCCUGAUGGUCAGCGAGUGGCCAGUGGUGGAAAAGACAAGUGUCUACGGAUAUGGAGAAGGUAGUCGACAGCCUCUACUACCGUACUAUUGAUCAGCCGAUCAGGCGCCUCACUGACUCCCGUACCCUUCAUUGUCCAGUGGCCCACCUCUCAGGAUGAUGGACAGCUGUGUCAGUUUGAGGAGACUUAAUCACACAGUGCUCUCCUAUGCACUGCGUCACCUGAGAGGACGUAUGCAGUGCUUACGCACAUGGCAGUGUCAUGCCACAGCAGACGACGAGAUAAACAUGAGAUAAACAUGAGAUCUGUCAUGAUGACUUGUUGUUGGCUUUUCUUAAUGCAAUUUUGUUGUGGUAACUCAGUUAAAGGAGCAGCCAGCAGACCUGGUCCAACCUCUGUAAUCUCCAGACACACACUGCUUGUAAUUAUUUAAUCCCCAGCGAAGACUACCCAGCUUACAGGGAUCUGUUCUGCUGCUGAGAAGAUUACCUCCAUUCAUUCAUUGAGAAUAACUUACUGAGCUCGUAGUAAAAAGAAUGUUACGGAAAUAGAUUUUUGUAUAUCUAUUUUUUUUUAAAGAGGGACACUUAAACUAAGAAAAUGUCAUAAUGGAAAAGUAAUCUCUGCUUAGUUAUUAUAAGUUACUGUGACACAGAAGCCUAUAUUUUUCACGUUUGAUGUUUUUCCUUUUUUGAUAUAAUGUGCAUUAUAAACCCUUGAAUUAUUGUUCUACAUUCUGCUAAAGUAAUCUAAACUUCACAUUUUGGAGAUGCAAGUUUAUUGUGUAACAGCGACGAAAUCUAGGGAUAUAAAAAAGAGAAAAGUGACUUUAUGAAUGCUAUGGUACCAAAAUAAACCCCAUAAUGUGAAGGGGGGGGGGGGAAUUGAAAUAUACAGUGGCUUGCAAAAAUAUUCAUACCGCUUGAACUUUAUCAACAUCAUCUGGCAAAGAGAUUCACAUUUCAGCAAGACAAUGACCCCAAACAUAAAAAUAUUAAAGGUUUAGAUCUAAUAUGCAUGUGUUAGAAUGGCCCAGUCCUGACCUAAAUCCCAAUCUGUGGCAAGACAUGGAAAUAGCUCAUCACAGACACUCUUUAUCUAGUCUGGCUGAGCUUGAGCUAUUCUGCAAAGAAGAAUGAGCCAAAAUCUCAGGCUCUAGGUGCACAAAGCUGGUAGAGACAUACCCCCAAGAGACUUGCAGCUGUAAUUGCAGUGAAAGGUGACGUUACUACAAAUUGAUGUCGGUGGUGGGGGGGUGUUGUUCGUAAACUGACGACUCUUAAGACCUCCCUUAAAGGGAAGCCUUGGGCUAGCUUAAAAUAGACUCUUUAAAGUUAUCUAGUCAUGCAUCACUACAAAGCUUUUAAAUUCAACAGAAAGAAGAGAAAAACAGACGAGUGCCUUGAGUUAAUAAAAGGAGAAGACGGAGUUCUUCGAAGUUCUAAGAUGUUCUUUUAUUGUCUUGAAGUCAGCCAGGUUCAGUCAGAAAGAUCCAGUCUUCUAAUAACACAAAGGGAUACACGUACUUUUAUACAGUAUUUGGGUGAACAGAGGGUGGGGGCUUUAGGCUCCACCUUUUACUGUUAUAUAACCAUUUUCCAGUGGAACAUAAUCGUUCCCAAAUAUGAUCAUCUUUAGGGAGUUUUUUUCCAGUCAAGGCCAUGGCAUUAUGCCAACAUUCCCUUAAUUGGGUCUAAUCGUAGCCAAAUCAACAUGGUAUGUUUUUUUUUAAAUACUGACCUUCACGAGCACAUUCUUUCCCAUGAGAGCUAAGGUCUAUGUGGACAUCUGGUUUCCGUCCAACGAAUUUAGAGAUACGCUCUCCAACCGUCUUAUAGGUUUUCUGGGAACCCGGCCAAAGUAUGGCCUGUUUAUCUUAUGUACCUGUCUCCUCCCGGGACAUGCCUGACGCAGGCCCAGGCAGAGACUGAGCGAACUUAAUGAACCUGCUCAUAUAAGGCCAAGUGUUGCUCUAGUAUAUGAAGCUUCUAAUAUCGAUCUCAAAACUCCUAAUUUAGGCCCCACAGGGGCUUGAAUACUUCUUCUGCAUGUUACACUUUUCAGAUUAUUAUCAUGUAUAUUUUUAUUCCUCUUCACAAAAGUGGGUUUACUACUUUAAAAAAAAAAAUCUUAAAAAUCUCAAUAAAAUACAUUUAAGUUUGUGGUUGCAAGGUGAAAAAUAGGGAGAAAGUUCAAGGGGUAUGAACACGAUUGCAAGCUACUUUGUGUGUGUAUGUAUAUAUACACACACCAACACACCAUUUUAAUGUGGUGCUUUUGGUGAUAACUGAGUUUAGGCAGCUUAUGCUUAUCCAAAGGCUUAAGUAUAAGGUGAACACAAGCUGUGUUGUCUGCUUGAGCAUUACUGACACUAGAAUCAGGACCUCACACACUAGAUAUUUUGACACUGGUGCUUUAUUUUUUUAUUUUAUUUUGUUUGGUUUUCUCUGUCUUGCAUUUGUGAAGGAAAGUGACAAACAUUGUUAAGCUCACCAUGAAUAAACUGUUAGUAAAACUGACAGUCUGAACAGCAGAAUCAUAUCACAAGUCCAGCCUCAGGAGGAAAUGACAGAAGGGAAA